GCAGGCCUUUUCCCGAGCCUGACGUCAGGCGAGAGUUCAACGCCAAAGGCCGCCGCGGUCGCCACGACUUGACGAGCAACGCUCUGCGGCUGCCUUAGCGGCGACGUCGUGUGCCAUCAUGGCGUCCGCUCUCCGCCGGACACCUCUGACCAGCGCGGGCGGGCUAUGACAGCGGGCAUACGGCCCGUCCGGCACAAGCUGCCACUCCUCCACCGACUGGCAUGGAUUCUGAUCCUACUCGAGACAACAAAUGCGGCUUCUAAACGACAGCAGCCACCAAGGAUAACAAGGAACCGCUGACCAAGACGACCAGUGACGAUGUGACCACCACCACACAAAGCCCCGCUGAACAUUCAAGCGUUCAAGUGACCAGUAUAGUCAGCGACGAACUGGCCACCACGAAGAGCACUACUGGACGCCCAAGCGUCCCUGUGAUCCAGGCGGCUAGUGGCAGUAUGACUACCACCACUGAAAGUACACUCGUUCAGGUUACCACUACGAAGAGCACCACAGAAAGCCCAGACGUUCGGGUAACCACCAUAAAGAGCUCCACUGAACGCCCAGUCACUCAGGUGACCACCAUGAAGACAACCACUGAGCGCCCGGUCGUUCAGGUGACCACCAUAAAGAGCACCACUGCAAGACCAGACGUUCAGGGAACCACCAUGAAGAGCAACUUAGAGCCUCUGAGCGUCCAAGUGACAACCGUAAGGUCCACUACUGGGCAACCAAGAGUCCAGGUGACGAAGGCAGUCAGCGGUGAGGUGGCUACCCUGCAGAGCACCACAGAAAUCCCGAGUGCACAGCUGAAUGCUAUGAAGAGCACCACUGAAUCCCCAAGCGUCCAGGUGACCAAAGCGGUCAACGCUCAGUCGUCCAUCAUGAUAAGCACCACUGAACGUCCAAGCGAGCACGUGACAGAGGUGGUCGGUGGUGAAGCGACUUCCAUGGAAAACACCACUGAACGCCCAAGUGUCCACGUGACAGAGGCGGUCAGCGGCCAGGUAACCGCCGUGAAAAACACCACUGGACACCCAGGCGUCCUGGUGACCGAAGUAGUCGGCAGUCAUGUUACAACUAUGCAGAGCACCACUGCAGCCCCAGACAUCCAAGUGACUACUAUGGGGACCACGACUGAAAGUCCAAGCGUUCACGUGACCGAGGCGGUCGGAGGGGGACCUGACAACUCCGCAGAGCACCACUGAAAGUCCAAGCCUGCGGGUGACCGAAGCAGUCAGCGGUGAAAUGGCUACCAUGGAAAGCACUACUGAACGCCCGAGCGUCCAGACGACCAAGACGGUCAGCGUCGAAAAGACCACCACGCAGAGCAUCACUGAAAGUCCAAGCACGCAGGUGACCGAAGCAGUCAGCGGUGAAAUGGCUACCAUGGAAAGCACUACUGAACGCCCGAGUGUCCAAAUGACUAAGACGGUCAGCGUCGAGAAGACCACCACGCAGAGCACCACUGAAAGUCCAAGCGUGCAGGUGACCGAAGCAGUCAGCGGUGAAAUGACUACCAUGGAAAGCACUACUGCACGCCCGAGCGUUCAGACCCCCACGCAGAGCGCCACUGAACGUCCAAGUGCGCAGGUAACCAAGUCGGUCAACGACGAGGUGAGCACUAUGACGAUCACCACGAAACGCCCUAGCGUCCAGGUGACAAAGGCAGUCAGUGGCGAGGUGACCACCAUGACGAGUACAACUGAAGACUCAGGCAUCAUCGUCGACGUCGUCGUGGUGACCAGCUCGAAGCCAGCGACGCCCACUACCCCACCUCCGGAUAAUCUUGCCGCUAUUGUGGAAGGAGCCGUCGUGGUUCCACAGGGCAGCCCAGUCGUGGAAGGCGGAGCCAGCGUUGUCAUUGAAGUGGUUCCUAUCGUAAAUGCUAACGCUACUGCUGGGCAAGGCAGCGUGGCUAUUGACACGCACUCUACCUUUAAACCAAGCUCAGAGAAAGGCAGAAAGCCGAAAAGAGCACGUACUCGCCUCAAGAAGCAGUUUACAAACACCUACAUGCGCCCUUACGUUGUCAAGCACUGCGGUAUACCCCAUGAACGAAUGCGGCGAAUUGUAGGAGGCAAAGUCACGACGCUUGAGCGUUAUCCAUGGACGGUCGGCAUUUGGAUGAAGUACGGAGAACGGCCAUACUGCGGUGGAGUCAUCGUAUCCUGGCUCUUCGUCUUAACGGCCGGCCACUGCACACGCAACAAGGUGGCACACGACCUCCGCGUUAGCUUCGGGUUGAGCGAGAUCGAUCCCGACCGCGUGUUGACUGAACAGCAAGACCACCUGGUCAACGUGGCGGCCAUCCACCAGAACCCGCUGUUCAAAGACAUCGUCCACGGCGACGACAUAUCUAUACUGAAAAUGAGCAAGCCGUUGCAGAUUGGCGGCUACCCAGUUACGCCCAUUUGCAUACCGGAAGCCACAAGCACAAAUAUCACGACAAAUGACAUCGUUGGUACUGACGGUGUCGUCGCCGGCUGGGGACGAACCAAAUACGGUGGUGAGAGCAGUAAGCAGCUUCGGGAAGUAUGGUUGCCUAUUGUGUCCAACAACGCAUGUUCGGAAAUAUUCAAGGACAUACUUAAGAUUCGGGACGAGAUGAUCUGCGCUGGUGACAUCAAUGGCACAAAGGACGCCUGUCAGGGUGACUCCGGAGGCGCGCUCAUGUGGCGGUCCAAGGCUGAUGAUCGCUGGUACACGUUGGGCGUCGUGUCGUUCGGCGUGAAAUGUGCCGAGCCCGGAUACUAUGGUACUUACACUCGCGUGCAGAGCUACUUGAACUGGAUCUGCGAAGUCACUGACGGCCUGCUCUGCUUCGGCUCGUCCUCCUACAAGCCCGUGAUUUUGCCAUCGAAGAGCAUGAGAGAGAAAAAGGACGACUCCACGUCUCCGUGAACGUCAUCAGCUCGCUUUAGUCUACAAACAGUUCUGCGAGAAAAUAUAGCACGAAACUGCGGGGACAAAAAAAAAGUUAUGCAAUAGAAAGGAAAGCAAUCGCAGACGUCGCCCGUGGCUGCACGUAAAGUCACGGCCCAGAGAGACUGCAACGUGUGUGCAAAACUGGCUGUUACGCAACUGGAUGGGAUACCUGUGCCAUGCGCAAGCGGGAUGAUUCUUUAUAGAUAUGAACCUGCCUGUCCAGUAACAGAGUUCGUGGCUCCGGGCACACCAGCCAUGGCGUGGUCAAUCGCUGCAACGGUAAUAACGAGCCUCGCGCUUCGGUCGCUAGUGCGAGCGCUUAUACAAAGCUUCUUACACCAUGUCUGUGGUUACGAAACACACGGCCUGGCGCGAAUGAAUGACGAUUGUCAGAGGCGCUGGCUACCGAACAAAGUCAAUGCCUUGUCUCGUGAGAGGAAGAGCAAAAGUUGCCAUGUAAAAAAUACAACCUUGUUACAAGGGACUUCUUAAAGACACUUACAGAUAACCAGCUUGCUUACGAAAAAUAAUCGAAAUGCUAUGCUUAAAAAACGAAAGAGAAUAGACUGAUACCAUUUGUAACAGUGAAUAUAAAACAGUCAUUUUGGAGCGAGUCGUAACUGGAUGUUCUUUGAACAACAUGUGAUAUGAUUAAUAAAUGUUUUAUCGUUUUCAAA